AUGCUUCAGCUUUGGAAACUUGUUCUCCUGUGCAGCCUGCUCACUGGGACCUCAGCGUCUCUUCUUGGCAGUCUCGGUGAUGACCUGAGCAAUGUCGUGGAUGAGGUGAAACCUGUUCUUGACAAAGGACUUGAGACAAUUGACAAUACUCUUAAAGAUGUCGUUGAGAAACUGAAGGUGGACCUAGGAGUGCUUCAACAAUCCGGCGCUUGGCAACUGGCCAAGCAGAAGGUCCAGGAAGCUGAGAAAUUGCUGAACGGUGUUGUUUCUAAACUGCUUCCAACAAAUACGAACAUUCUGGGGUUGAAAAUCAGCAACUCCCUCAUCCUGGAUGUCAAAGCUGAACCGACUGAUGAUGGCAAAGGCCUUAACCUGAGAUUCCCCGUCACUGCGGACGUCUCUGCGACCCUGCCCAUCAUUGGCCAGGUUGUCAAGCUGAACGCAGCCUUGGACCUCCUGACUGCAGUCAGAAUUGAAAUUGACCCCCAGACCCACAAGCCUGUUGCCGUCCUGGGAGAAUGUGCCAGUGACCCAACCAGCAUCUCACUUUCCUUGCUGGACGCGCAAAGUCAAGUCAUCAACAAGUUAGUGAACAGUGUGAUCAACACGGUGAAAAGCACCGUGUCCUUCCUGGUGCAGAAGGAGAUAUGCCCACUGAUCCGCAUCUUCCUCCACAGCCUGGAUGUAAAUUUCAUUCAGCAAGUCAUUGGUGGUGCUGAGAGCCCUCAGUUUGUAGCACCCAGGGUUCCCCCACCUCUCCCAUCGCCUGAGAGCCUGUGCACCCACCUGCCAGCCUCCCUAAAUGCAACUCGGCCCAUGCUGUACCAGGCUAUGGCAGAGACAGCAUCACACCGCUCAUGGCAACACGUCGUGGGGGCUGCCUUGUGUGACACGUGA